UUUGUUUUGUUUUGUUUUUAUUUUUUGUGGGGGUUGGGGGCUGCCUGCAUGCAGUUACUUAAAUGGUUAAGUUGUUUAUUAGCAGUGCAUGCACUUUAAAAUAAGUGGGGAGACAUUUUCGACGUGAAAAGGGUGUCCAGACCUCCUUUGAUUCCCCUCUGGAUACGUGCCUGGGACAGCCCCUCCUUGCUGGAAUUAGUCACGGGGCAUUAUGUGGACUGAUAACAUUACAUAAACGCAAAAGCCUGCUCUGUUGGAGGAUGGAUCUAGAAAUAAAGAUAUCGAAUUUUGAAAAUGACUUCACUUUUCUACAAGACGUUAAAAAGUAUGUUAUGGAUGAGAUUAGACGACUUGGCAAAGAACAAUCAGCUUCUGUCGACAGCGAGGUGAAAACUGGCUACAGACGUAAAACAGAGAGUGGCCAGGGCAUCAGACUGGUGUUACCUCAAGGAGUGUCUGCUGCUCGCGUUCUGCUGGGACCCGAGGAGGGCUGGUCGGGCGAGGGAUCUGGAUCGUCUGACGUCACAGUCACUGCAGCUGUCGGCAGGUCUGAGGCUGUUGCCAAGUCUCCGACUGUUGCCAAGGCUCAGGCUGUUGCCAAGUCUGACACUGUUGCCCCUCUCUACUUCGUUGGUUUUAUCGGGGACGCCAAGCCGGAAUCUACCGUGUCUACAGACUUGUGGAGCGUGGAUGAACAAUUGAUCCGAGAGCUUACAAAAGCACGACGAUAUUUUAGUGUACUGUUCAGCAGAGAGAGACCCUGGUGAGGAAUGGGGAAACCUCGUCCUCUUCUCUCAUAUUACAGCUGUGGACAAGUGGCGUGCUUGUACAACCCACCAAAAGGCAAUUAGUAUAUCCCCAGACCUGUAUUCCCAAAUCCGCAUACAUAGAGGGAUGCUGGAGGAAGGCCUCUCUUCGGAACGAUUCGGGAUAUUCCGUACUCUCUUCGUGGAUUACGCCUUACCUGCAUCGGACGACAAGCAUUACUACCUGAAGGUGUGGGGUGCAAGGGGAAGCAACUCGAAAAGUUAUUAUUUUUGCUUGGAACCAGCUGGACGUGAAUAGACGCACAUAUGCUUAAAAACGCUAUAUAACAGUAAUGUCAGAUAUAGUUACGGAAUAUGUGUCACUUCUGUAGGUUGUACUAUACCAAAUAAAAUCCCAUAGGCGACCAAGCUAACGUUUGUGUUUUAAAACACUAUAAGCAAUAUACCAACCAAACUAUGACCCAUAAAUAUUAGUACUACAACCACUACCUCAAAGUAUCAACUGAAGAAAAUGGUAUCUUUUAUGGCUCAUUCUCGGUAUAACCAGAUGUUUUUACAACACCCCUAGUUUCGCACAAAUUUGAGUACUUUUUUUACAGGUACCCCAUACAUGUUUCAAGCAC